AUGGAGGAAGAAGUAAACACUCAGUCUAAGCCUCUAGAUGAUGAAGAUAUAAACAUCUUGAAAUCAUAUGGGUCAGGACCAUACUCAAGGAGCAUCAAGAAAGUUGAAUCCGAUAUUACUGGGUUAGUAACUAGUAUUAACAAACUUUGUGGAGUGAGAGAAAGUGACACAGGGUUGUGUCUACCAAAUCAGUGGGAUCUACAAUUAGAUAAACAGAUGCUAAAUGAAGAACAACCAUUACAGGUAGCAAGAUGUACAAAAAUUAUCAAUGGAGACACAGAUCAAACAAAAUAUAUUAUUAACGUUAAGCAGAUAGCAAAAUUUGUUGUAGGUUUAGGGGAUAAAGUUGCACCAAGUGAUAUAGAAGAAGGAAUGAGAGUUGGAGUAGAUAGAACAAAAUACAAAAUACAGAUUCUUUUACCUCCAAAAAUAGAUCCCUCAGUUACUAUGAUGACUGUUGAAGAAAAACCAGAUAUUACAUAUAACGAUAUUGGUGGAUGUAAAGAACAAUUAGAAAAGCUAAGAGAAGUUGUAGAAAUGCCAUUAUUACAACCAGAAAGAUUUGUAACAUUAGGAAUAGAUCCACCUAAAGGGGUCCUACUUUAUGGCCCUCCAGGAACAGGUAAAACCUUAACAGCAAGAGCUAUUGCGAAUAGAACAGAUGCUUGUUUCAUCUGUGUUAUUGGUUCAGAACUUGUUCAGAAAUAUGUAGGAGAAGGUGCUAGGAUGGUAAGAGAAUUAUUUCAAAUGGCUAAAUCCAAAAAAGCAUGUAUUUUAUUUAUUGAUGAAGUGGAUGCAAUAGGAGGUUCUAGAGGAGAUGAAAGUGCACAUGGUGAUCAUGAAGUACAAAGAACCAUGUUAGAAAUUGUUAAUCAGUUAGAUGGAUUUGAUAACAGAGGUAAUAUAAAAGUACUAAUGGCUACAAAUAGACCUGAUACGUUAGAUAGUGCAUUAGUUAGACCUGGAAGAAUCGAUAGAAAAAUUGAGUUCAGUUUGCCAGAUCUUGAAGGUAGAACCCAUAUUUUUAAGAUUCACGCAAAUACAAUGAAUAUGAGUAGAGAUGUUAGAUUCGAACUUUUGGCUAGACUAUGUCCAAAUAGCACUGGGUCUGACAUUAGAAGUGUUUGCACAGAGGCAGGAAUGUUUGCCAUAAGAGCAAGAAGAAAAACUAUAACUGAAAAAGAUCUUUUGCUUGCUAUAAAUAAAGUCAUACAUGGAUGCAAACAAUUUUCAGCUACGGGAAAAUAUAUGGUGUAUAACUAG